AUGGCCUGCACGUCAUGCCUGGGGUUUCUGUCUCCUGGCCCUAAAAGGAGCACCAGUGGAGGGUUUCUGAGCUUGGAUCCAACCACCCCAGCCUGGGAGACGGAACUCACAGCGAUGAAUCGAAGUGACCAGGACCUUCCUCAAACUUUCAGUGUGGUGACCCUGACCCUGGUCUUGCUGAUGAUCAUCAUUGCCUUGGAAGAACUGGCAGGAAAAGCAGUUGUGCCGUGGCUCCUGGGCUUCCACCUGCACAGGAAUGCCUUCUCCAUCUACAUCCUCAACCUGGGGGGAGCCGACUUCGUCUUCCUCUGCUGCCACAUUAUAGGUUCCCUGGAGAAGCUCAUCACCUCCUGCCACUCCAGCUCCAGCCCCAACCCCAGUUUUUUCACCACUGUGCUGACCUUUGCCUACCUCACGGGCCUGAGCUUUCUCAGCGCCAUUAGCACUGAGCACUGCCUGUCUGACCUAUGUCCCAUCUGGUACCGCUGCCACCGCCCCAAACACUUAUCAGCUAUCGUGUGUGCCCUGCUCUGGGCCCUGCUGCUGAGCACCCUGGAAGGGAAGUACCGUGGCUUCCUGUUAAUGGACUUUAACCACAUUUAGUGUCGGGUGUUUGACUUCACCACUGCUGGGUGGCUGACAUUCUUGUCUGUGCUCCUAGCUGGGCACAGCCUUGCCCAGCUGGUCAGGAUCCCCUGUAGGUCCCAGCAAAUGCAGCUGACCAGGCUGUGUGUGGCCACUGUGCCCACAGUUCUGGUCUUUCUCCUCUGUGGCCUGCCCUCCGGCAUCCACUGGUUCUUCUUAAUCUGGAUUCAGGAUGAUUUGUUUGCGUUCCCCUGUCAUCACCGGCUGGUGGCCUUGGGCCUGUCCAGCUGCACCAGUGUCAUCAUUUACUACUUUGUUGGCUCCUUUAGGCAGAGGCAGCCAAAGAGGCGAGGACGGCAGAUCAAGGUGGUUCUCCAGAAGGCUCUGGAGGACCUAUCAGAAGUGGAUGGAAGCAAAGGCACCCUUCCUCAGGAAACUCUGAAGGCGUCAGGAAUCAGUCUGAAUGGCUGUGCCAAUCUCAUCACUCACUUCUUCACUGGCUUCUUUAGGCAGUGGCAGAGAUGGCAAAUCCUCAAAUUGGUUCCCCAAAGGGCUCUGCAGGAUAUUUCUGAGGUGGAUGGACACGGAGGAAGCCUUCCCCAGGAAACCCUGGAGAUGUCCAGAAGCAGUCUAGGGCGGUGCUGA